CAUUCAUGGUUUGCUGCUGAAUACUACUAACAGGAGAGGCGUUAUUCACUCGCAUUUGCGGUUUGAGAGAUAUAGUUGUUGUUAGUAUAUAGUGUAUAAUAAUAAUAAAAGUAGUAGAGAGUAAUUCCUCUCGCAAAUGGCAACACACACUAUAACCAGUCUGCUUCAGAUACGCACCACCCACAACCUUUCCGUCUCCACAGGCUGUUCGCUUUCCCUGAGGGCCCCACCGCGCCGUUCUGCCGUGUGUUGUUCCUCGUCAAUGGAUUCUGCAAAAAUUAAGGUUGUCGGUGUUGGUGGCGGUGGCAACAAUGCCGUUAACCGCAUGAUUGGUAGCGGCCUCCAGGGUGUUGACUUUUAUGCCAUCAAUACGGAUUCUCAAGCGCUUCUGCAAUCUGUUGCACACAACCCUAUUCAAAUUGGAGAGCUUCUGACUCGUGGACUUGGUACCGGUGGUAAUCCGCUUUUAGGGGAACAAGCUGCAGAGGAAUCAAAGGAAGCAAUCGGAAAUGCUCUUAAAGGAUCGGAUCUUGUGUUUAUAACAGCAGGUAUGGGUGGCGGUACAGGAUCUGGUGCUGCUCCAGUAGUAGCCCAGAUAGCAAAGGAGGCAGGAUAUCUAACAGUUGGUGUUGUUACCUACCCAUUCAGCUUUGAAGGACGCAAAAGAUCAGUGCAGGCAUUGGAGGCUAUUGAGAAACUGCAAAAGAAUGUUGACACACUUAUAGUAAUCCCAAAUGACCGUCUACUCGAUAUUGCUGACGAACAGACACCACUUCAAGAUGCGUUUCUUCUAGCUGAUGAUGUACUCCGCCAAGGAGUUCAAGGAAUAUCAGAUAUAAUUACAAUACCUGGGCUAGUGAAUGUGGACUUUGCUGAUGUUAAAGCAGUGAUGAAGGACUCGGGAACUGCAAUGCUUGGUGUUGGGGUUUCUUCCAGCAAAAAUCGGGCUGAAGAGGCAGCUGAACAAGCAACUCUUGCUCCUUUAAUUGGAUCAUCUAUCCAAUCUGCUACUGGCGUCGUUUAUAACAUUACUGGAGGGAAGGACAUAACUCUGCAAGAAGUCAAUAGGGUGUCUCAGGUGGUAACAAGUUUGGCUGAUCCUUCAGCAAAUAUUAUAUUCGGGGCAGUUGUGGACGAAAGAUACAAUGGGGAGAUUCAUGUGACUAUUGUUGCUACGGGAUUUGCGCAGUCUUUUCAGAAAUCUCUUCUGUCAGACCCCAAGGGAGCAAAACUUGUUGAUAGAACUCCAGAAAUCACACAACCUUCCAUUUCUCCGAAGUCUUUGACCAUGCCGUCACCUACUCCAUCUCGUUCCAGGAAACUCUUCUUCUAAACCAUAUCUUACGAAACUUCAACCCUUAUGUUUUCACGUUCUUAAUUGCUAUCUGCAUGGAUUUCUGCUUUUGCUUCUUUCAGUAUUGGUUUCUUGAAUGUGUAAUAGUUUUCAGUAAUUGUUUUAGAAACCUAACACCAAGUCCAAUGCAAAUGAAAAGAUGAAGUUUUAGCCGUAUAAAGAAACUGUUCACUUGAUUAAACUGCUCGCUCAAUUCAAGUGCAUUUGUGUAAUUUUAAUUCAUCUUUGUAUGUUCCUUGUGAGAGCUGUAAGCGAAGAUGCUAUAAACCUAAUACUAUGUUAUCUAGUUAUUUUUUUGGAUUUAAAUGAAAGGCAACGAAAAUGAAGGAAUAUUUUGUUUAA